AUGGAGAACGCCGCUCCCGCCAUCGCCACUCCAUCGCUGCCCAAGAAGCCCUCGCCGUCGUUCCGCCUCCGGAACGGCAGCCUCAACGCUCUGCGCCUGCGCCGCGUGUUCGACCUCUUCGACCGCAACGGCGACGGCGAGAUCACCCUCGACGAGAUGGCCUCGGCGCUCGACGCGCUCGGCCUCGGCGCCGACCGCUCCGGCCUGGAGGCCGCGGUGGGCGGGUACAUCCCGGCCGGCGCCGCGGGGCUCCGCUUCGAGGACUUCGAGUCCCUCCACCGCGCGCUCGGGGACGCGCUGUUCGGCCCCAUCGCGGAGGAGGUGCCUGAGGAGGACGACGAGGAGGGGGACAUGAAGGAGGCGUUCCGGGUGUUCGACGAGGACGGUGACGGCUUCAUCUCGGCCGCCGAGCUGCAGGCCGUGCUCAAGAAGCUCGGCCUGCCCGAGGCUCGGAGCCUGGCCAGUGUGCAGGAGAUGAUCUGCAACGUCGACCGCAACUGCGACGGCCGCGUCGACUUCGGCGAAUUCAAGAACAUGAUGCAGGGGAUCACCGUGUGGGGCGCUUAG